AUGGUUGCGCUCAUGUUGGCUGAAAAGAACAAUGAGCUCCUGAUCAAAAACCACAAUUCCCGACCUACGGGAGCCAAAGCAUUUCCUGAAGUGAAUGUUAUGGCGGUAGAAAAUUCGGAAAGGAGAAACCAGACCAACCGAGGUCAUGGUCGCCGUUUCAGCAGCAAACGUGUAAAAACUUACAAUCCCAAAUGGAAGGGAUCUAACAAGUGGGUUAGAUCCGAACAAGUUUCUAAGGGUAAAGCAACUCAAAAGGAUACCACCCAGAAGCGUGGGACAGUGUGUUACAGAUGUGGCUGUAAAGCACAUUGGUCCCGUACUUGUCGUACUCCUCCACAUCUCUGUAAGUUAUAUCAAGAGUCCACGAAAGGCAAAGCUAAAGAAGUGAACCUCACUGAAAACUUUGAAGGGAUAUCGUACCUCGAAGCCCCCGACUUCGCAAAUGAGUUGGACUAG